GUUGCUUCAUAUCGACACGAACAGUUGUUUUCAAUAGCAACCGUUACUGUGAACUGAAUAAAGUCGCCGCAAAAGAUUGAAAUAUGUCCACUCUACUUGAUGAGACAGCAGCAGAUGUCCCAGUCACCGUCAACCUGUCCCGAAUUGCUGCAGGUUCACAAGACUCGGCGGUGUAUCAGAACGCCCGGGCGCGACAGGACAUCUCUCGGGUUUCCAGGGAGGAGCUGGAGGAUCGGUUCCUGCGGCUCCAAGAGGAGACCCUGGCCCUCAAACAGCAUACUCACAAACAGGACGACAAGAUCAAGAAACUUGGCACUAAGCUGAUGAGGCUGGUGAAGGACCGAGGUCGUAUGGAGCAGCUGGCAGCGGGGGGAGCCCAACCGGUCUCCAGGGUUCGAGACGUGGAGAUGGAGGAGAUGAUGGAGGAGCUCCAGGAGAAGGUCCGGGGGCUACAGGCUGAGAACGAAGGACUCAAACAGCGUCUUCUCGUGGCCAAACAGCAGCUCAUCAACUCGCAGAGCAGGAGACCUUCGCCAUACGGCCACGUCCAGUCACGAGUCAACUCUGGAUUAAAGAAGCUGAGAGACGAUACUCCAUCUCCCUCUCAGACACAAUCAAAAAGUCUGAGGAGUUUGGAGGGAGGUGGGAGGCCUCCGAUUGGCCAGCUGCCUCGAUACGGACACAGCCUGCUGGAGGAGGCGAGGGCCGAGAUCCGCAACCUAGAGAAUGUGAUAGAGUCUCAGCGGAGCCACAUGGAGGAGAUGGAGGGAGCCUCAGAGCUGCUGAGGGAGGCGCUGAGGAAGAGGGAGGCAGAGUUUGAAGAGAGACUUCUGCAGGUUCGACAACAACAGACCAGCAAACUGAGGUCACAUGUCAACAACAACGUGACCAUGAUCAAACUGCAGAAGCAGCUGGCUGACAGGUCCAAUGCCGUAACUGAGCUGGAGGGUCGAUUUCUACAACUACAAGAGAGUCAGCGGACACUGAAGGCCAGUCAUGACGCAGCGAUGCUGAAGGUGGACGAGCUGUCGGACCAGCUGAAAGACGAGAGGCUGAAGAGUCUGGACCUGGAGAAACAGCUGCAGAGCUCCACCAUAUCCAAGAUAAAGAUGGAGCAGUUUCAGGAGCAGAUCAGUGAGCUGGAGCAGGAGAGGGACCUGCUGAGGGAGAACAACGAGAAACUGGUCAACAGUGCCUUUGAUGUAUCUCAGCAACAAAAAUGGCAGAUUCAGGAGCAGAAGCUGAAGUUACAGAUUGCACAGCUAGAGACGGCGCUGAAGGCUGACCUCGUGGAUAAAAAUGAAAUCCUCGACAAAAUCAGGGCUGAGAGGGAUACGAAUGAGAAGCUGACAGAAGAAAAUAAGAGGCUUCAAAUCCAGUUUCUGGAGCAGAAGCAACAAAUGGAGGCACUCGGUGAUCGUUUGAAAUGCUACAGCAGGGAGAACGAGUACGACGUGGCUGAACUCACGGAGGCACUGCUCCUAAUUAAGACACGUAAAUCCCAGAGGAGUGGUGAGCUGGGCUUCCUGAAGGAGGUGGAGGAGGAGGGAGGGAGCAGCAACACAGAGAGCUCCAUCAGAGAUCUACGAGCGGCUCACGCUGAAACCAUCCAGGAGCUGGAGAAGACCAGAAACAUCCUGAGCAUGGAGAGCAAAAUCAGCAGGAACUACAAGGCGGAGCUGGAAGCUGUUUUACAGAAGAAGGACAGUGACAGAGUUGAGUAUGAACAGAAACUGGAGCGACAGGCUCAGCUGCUGGACACAAAGACAGCAAAGAUCAAGAAACUGGAGGCUCAGCUCAGGGACAUCGCCUAUGGCACCAAAACAUAUGUCCUCAAACCAGACACCACAGAUGAGGAUGAAGCAGACGAGUUUGAUGAAACUCUCCACCUGGAGCGUGGAGAAAACCUUCUGGAGCUUCAGAUAGUCAGUGCCAUGCUGUCUCCGUCCGCCCUGGAGGCUCUGGGCGACGGUGAACCCUCCACCUUCUGUACGUACUCCUUCUAUUUGUUUGAGCUGCACUCCACUCCGGUGGUGAGGGGCCACAAACCAAAAUAUGGCUUCACAUCGAAGUACAUGGUGAACAUGGACGACCAGUUCCUCGACUACCUCAGUAGAUGCUCUGUCACUGUCGAGUUGCAUCAGGCCCUGGGUCUAGACUGGAGGACGCUGGCGACUGGACAGCUUCGACUGCAGCAGUUGCUGGAGCAAGACGGGAAAGUCCAUGGGACCGUUCCUCUGGUCGGCACAUCUGAUGAGGUGCGAUCUGUGGGCUCUGUGGAUUACUGGCUGAGGCUGAGGAUACCCAUGACAGAAACCAUCCUCCUUUAUAAAGAGAAGGUGAAGGCUGUGGGCUACAUUAACACUGCACUGAAUGAAGAAGCACAGCUGCAGCCACCAGGCAGCAGUUGGAAUGAACUCCUCAUCACUGUCCACCGCUGCCGAGACCUUCAGUCCAGACGCUCCCAGCCGCCGAGUCCCUACGUGGUCUACAAGUUCUUCGACUUCUCCAACUACCCCACUGCCACAGUUCAUGACGGCUGCGACCCCCACUUCAACGACCUCAAGUCAUACUCUGUCCUGAUGGAUGUAGGUCUGGAUCACUACCUCAAGUCUGAGGUCCUUCAGUUCUACGUGUUUGACUACAAAGAGGAGCAGAUGGACAUGUACCUGGGGAAGGCCAGAGUACCUCUGCUGUCACUGGCUCAGGACAAGGGGAUCACAGGUGUGUUUGAAUUGACCAGCCCCUCUGGAUUCCCCGCCGGCCACAUGGAAGUGACGCUGAAAUGGAGGUUCACGUACCUCCCUCCAUCAGGCUCAAUCACAACUGUCGAAGAGCCAGUGUCCGUCCCUGAAGAGAAACCUGCAGACGAAUCUGCUGAGCCAAAGCAAGAACUCACUGUGGAUGAAGAGAAGAAAGACGAACUGCUGAAAGAUCUUGAGGAGAUACCGCAGGAAGAGAAGGAAUCCAAAGAUCCUUUUCAUCACCCCACCGCUGUCCCUGUUGCUGCUGCUUCUAAGGCCCCACUACCAAAAGUCAGACAGAAGACACAAGAAAGGGACCGACUGGCUGCCAAGAAGGUCACAUUUGUAGAUCCCACAGCUGCAGAUGACCAGGACAAGAGCCCAUCAGGCCUCAGUGUGUCUGCAGACACGACAGAGACAACAUCAUCACCUGCUGUAAAGGUUGUUUCAGAAGCCCCUCAGAUCAACCCAGAGGAAGACGAUGAUGAAGACGAGUCUCACUUCUCUGAGGGACAGCUUGUCCCAGCGAGCUCUCAGUCCUACUCUGAUGAUUCUGAAAUCUCUGAGGAAAUAAUAGAAGAUGCUGAGGAGGCCCCAGCCACCAAACAGGAUCAUAGUGAAUCGACUCAGUCCGACAGCGAUGACUGCAUCGUUCACGGACAGGCCACGGGGAGGAAGCCCUCGGAGCGAGUGCGGGUGGAAAUCGUGGCUCUGAGCCUGAGGCCGGAGUCUCGUGUGGCCCAGGACAGCAGCGUGGUGCGUCUGUUUGUGGAGUACUCUUUCCUGGAUCUGCCUACAGAGGAGACCCCCCUGUCUCUACCCAAACCCCCGCAGGGCAAGAGCAUUAACUACAACUACAGCAAAGUCAUUCCUGUGGAUGCAGAGAACAACGGGGCGAGGCGGCGGCUGCUGAGAGGCGUCCUGCAGGGACGAAACCCUCAGAUGGAAAGAAUCCGCUUCAUGGUGGUGAGCGAGCCUCCGGAGGAGGAGGAGCAGGACAGAGAGUGUGAGGACGUGGGGGUGGCCUUCCUGAGGAUCCCCGAGAUCCUGGAGACGCAACAAGACCUGACCGAGACCAGUCUGAGCGUAUUGGAUGUGGAGGACAGCCGUGAGGUGGUCGGCAGUCUAACUGUGUCUGUGGAGGGACUGGAGGCUCUGCAGGCCAUCAUGCAGGACCAGGACCAGGAACGAGCCCCUGUCUCAUCCCUGCUUCCAUCAGUGUGAGGCGGCAACAACAACAACAACAGCAACACGUGUGAAGCUGGUGAAGUGAAACCAUCAUCCUGCACAUGUGGUAUUUCCAGGACUGACUCAGCACUUGAACCGUGACCAGAGUUUUCACGUGUUCACACGUGUUCGUAUUUCAUCCUGAUGUUGGACUGUUGGUGUUUUAUAUUUACACUGAUGUGUCAUAUAUGUGAGUUAGUGUAUGUUAACAUACGCUAAGCUGAGGGAUGUAAAUUCAGUGAGCACUGCCUGGGUGAGGUGGUUAAAACUGAGCUGGGUUUGGUUGGAAAGUGUCUGUGGAUGGUGAUGACGGAUUUCCAUAAAACAGGGUCUGUCCAGGUCUCACACCGUCCUGAAGUGGAUCUUGGAUCUCCACCUCUGAACUGACUGGUCUGAGCUGCAGGAGGCUGCUCACAGUGGAUGGCUCCAUGGACUGAAAUGAGUGAAUCACUUUUCAUUCAUUCAUCCAUUUUCUGCCGUUUAUCAGGGUCCAGCUUGCUUUAAUUAAAUUCAUUAUAUCGUUAGGAAUUAUUGAAAGAUGCUGCUGUGAAGUGCUGAAAGUGCACUGUCUGUACUGACUGUCCUUUAUACUUUAAUACUGUGGUGUCAGAUUAUAAUACUUUAUGAAACUAUACUGUAUUUGAGCUGUUUCACAUUGAAAUACAGGUAUUACAGGUGUAACACUGAUGCCUAAAUUUAGCUCAGGUUUGACAUCAAGCUGUCCUUUGACCCGCAAAGCAGUUAGUCUGAGGCCACGACUGAAAGCACCUCUGGACAACAUCUGGUCAGAUCCAGCUGAAGAAGUGACCUUCUGUCUGUGUCAUGUUGGUACGUAACAUGGUUACGUACGUACCUGUUCCUGUGCUGCAGGUGGAGGGGUUUGUCAGUGAGUGGUGGUUCGGUCUCAGUGUGUUGGUUCAGGUGAGCAGAUUCAUAGGCUGAUACGCUGCUUAAAACCUGCACAGUUAUGACAGGAUGAGCUUCAGUCAUAAUGUUGUCUGUUAAUAUGAGGGACAGACAAAAAUUACAAACGUGCCUUAAAUUUGUUGUUUCCUGUAUGAGGUUUUGUAUUAGUCUCUAAUAAAGUGUUUUUUCUGUACACAUGAGGAACACGUCAUACAUGU